CGAGAGGCCCCAAAACAUUGGUGACUGGGGGACCUCAAAAUGGAGGAAAUAUGAAACAAGAAGUAGUAAAUUUUGUAGUUUAUUUCUAGCGAUGUAAAACCUAUUCCCGCAAGUCAUGGGUAUCGGAAACACUCUCCUGCUGUCCCAGUGCACGGCAUACGUGCUGGCACUGCUGUUAUCGUUCUUCAUGGCGGUUCCAAUGGGCCAGAAUCAGAGGAACUUUGACGGCAAGUGCCUGCUCUACGCGAGGGGAACUUGGAGUGUGAACGCGAGCUCGGAGGUUGGCUGGAGGAUGGACGUCACCUACUGGGGCUCCCAGUCCGUCUGUAACUACUCCAUCUACAUGGGCGUCGUCACCAUGAUCGUGGCAUUCGUGCAGGUCGUCAGGACCUCCUACUUCCUGUAUAAGGGACUCGACAGCUCUUUCCUGGACGCCUUUGUGUCAUUUGUGACGAACUUCGUGCUGACGACGAUGUUGUUCACGUCUGCCAUCAUCCUGACCAUGGGACUGUCAGCCUGGUGCCAGGAGGUCACACAGCACAUCUCCAUGUGUGAGGAAGCCCAGUACUCCAGCUGGCUGAACUGGAAGGGGAUAGACACAUCCUCCUUCUACAUCCAGUUAGGGAUGGUUCAGUUUGGGAGCUGGUGUGGGUGGGUGUGCUGGCUGAUUGCGACCAUGCUGACCGGACUGAGGGUCUACAACUACCACCAGCGGGAGGACAUUCUGCGCAGUCUGCAGCGCGAGAAAGACCGCAUGCUCGGCACAACCAGGGAGCAGAGGCCACUACUCAUCUAGCUGGCAACCACAGAGCAGAGUAGCCUGGGUGCCAUCCUCUGUAGUUUCCACCGGCUCCCUAAUGUCACUGGCUACCAAGGACAUUAGGGAACCGGCAGAAACUACGAAGGAUGGCACCCAGGCUAAGAGCAGAGGUACCUACUCAUCUAGAUGGCAACCACAGAGCAGAGGCCCUUAGGCCUAGAAAAAAAUGUUGUUUCCUGUUUCCCAACCAACCCUAGAAAGACCGGUGUGCCGACCCUGCCCUUUUAUUUCUGGAUUCCUGCAAGGGACAUAAUUUUUAAAGCUAAUUGACCUUUUCUAGCUCCAUGAUCUGACACGUGA